CUGUUCAAUUAUGCCCAGCAUGAAGAAACGUGUACCCUUAGAGGAGGGAACAAAGUGUUAGGUAAGGUGUUCUGCGUGCGUUUAUAACGGAUCCCGAGAAGGAAGAUUUCCUACGAAGAAUAAAAGUGGGAAGCACACUUACAGCCGCAACAGAUGCUCUCAAUCCAUAGUGGGAUCCGCCUUCCUUCUUUUUGCAAGGAUAACCUUUAUUGUUAGCUCUUGUUCAAAGAAACAAUUGAGCAUGUCUGUGUUUUGCCACGCAGGAUGUGAAGACCGUAUUUCGAGCUCUUUAAAACAUGCGAUAUAUUUUAUCAUUAUGGAAUCGAACGCCGCGAUUUAUUUAUCUAUUUACACAAACACUGUAUGCGGACCGUUUUUCCCCCUUUCUAUCAUGGACUCGUUUAUAUCUUCCUUUUUUUUUUUGAGAGUAUAUAAUCGAAUAAUGCUCGUUACCACAAACUCAGCAUUUGCGUCGCCUUCUUCGUGUUGAUACCAUACACAUAUGGAUGCAUAUUACCCAACAUUUCAUUCUCAACUUGUUUAUUAUUCGCGUAGGGGUAAGUGCAGCACCUUCAAUGCUGCAACCAGUAAGGACACGACCAUUUGUUUAGAAUGAAUAGCGACCACCGGUGUGUUUGAAGCAUCACCCCAUUGGUAAGCCAAGCUUCUGGCGUCCAAAAUCCCACUUU